GUGUUAUUCAGUCUUGCAAAUUUCCACUCAAAUAAGAUAUUUUUUAACGUUAUAACUAGUACGCUUAUAAUUUCCCGCUUAAUUCAAAAUAUCGUAUUAUACGCUCGUUUUAUCUUCUUUGACCAUUAAAAUAGUCUCGUUUAAUAAGUUGAUAAAAAUUAAAGAAACUAUUAUCUUAUCUCUUCACACAUGUAUUCAUUAGGUUUUUUAUACCUCAGAUUGGAUAUAGUAAUUUUAAUUUAAAUAGUGAUUUUUACUAUGAUUUUCCUUUUACAAAUCCAUUUUCUCAAAACGCUUCCUAGCAAUAUAAUAAAAUAAAAAUGUCUGUUUCUUUUUUUGAACAAAAAUUUAUUUAAUCGAUUGUUUUUAUCGUUCUAUUGGUUUAUCAGCUAUGAACUAUACUAACUAUAAGUAUAAUAAUUAAAUAUCGUGUUAUAAUCACAGUUAAAUAGGCCAAGCUUAUAAUUAUCAACAUAUGAUUAACAGCUGUUUACCAGAAUCUAUUUACUGCAGCUGUAGUUGUAUACUUUUUGUAACAAGUAUUCAGUACAUUUAUUUAAUAAAUUUUAAACAACGAUGAAAAAUAUAACUUGUAAUUAAUUACCUUUAACAGAUUAAAUUCUGUUUAAUUGCUUUAUGAUUCGUAAUUUGUUACGUUAUAUUUUGUGCUCCUUAUUUUUAUUAGUGAAAGUUUGAGACUUAUAUAUGUAUGUAAAGAAAAUAGGUCAUAUUGAAAACUACCUAUGUUCCGUAAUUACACUUUUUUAUAGUACAAAAAGUUUUAAAAAUGAACACCUCAUCAGAAUUUUUACCUGAAAUUUGUGAAGGUGUAUUUACUUAUGAUUUAUAUACAAUUUUAAGUAAUUUUGAAUCAGCAAAUCUUGCUCGUGUUAAAUACAUACACAGACAAACACCUGGUAUUGAUGAUGAUUUGGAAUUCUAUUUAUGGACAAAACCUGACUGCAGUGGUACAGAAUUUGAAUGUAAUUAUAGAUCAUGGUUUUACUUUGCUAUAAAAGGGGGUAUUCCAGGAAUAGCUGUAAGAUUAAAUAUAGUAAAUUUAAAUAAACAGAGUAAAAUGUAUAGUCAAGGAAUGACCCCUGUAUUUAAAGUUGACUUAGGUAAGAACGAAAAACCUAACAAAAAGUUUUUUAAAGGUUCAUGGUCAAGAAUUAAAGAGAUACCUACUUAUCAGGCCAAUGAAAAAAAUGAAUUUGUAUUAAGCUUUAGUCACCAACCAUUAGAAAAUUCUGAUGUAUUAACAUAUUAUGCAUUUACUUAUCCAUAUACAUAUUCAGAUUUAUGUUCUUUAUUAACUGUCUAUGAAAAACAGUUUCCACUUCCAACAGAUUUAAAAGAACGAAGUGAAGAAGAUGUAUAUUUUCAUCGAGAAACAAUUGUGAAGUCUUUAGAAAACCGUUCUGUUGAUUUGAUUACUAUUAGCUCCUUUAAAGGAGUUACUGAAGAAAGAGAAAGUUGUUUAUUUGGAUUAUUUCCUAAUGAAAAUAAUGUUAGACCAUACGUUUUUAAAAAUAAGAAGGUUGUAAUAAUGAGUGCAAGAGUACAUCCUGGUGAAACUCCUUCAAGUUUUGUAAUGAAUGGUUUUAUAAAAUUUAUUUUGAGUAAAGAUGAACAAGCUAGUAUGCUUAGACAAAAUUUUGUUUUUAAACUUAUUCCAAUGUUGAAUCCUGAUGGAGUUGCUAAAGGUUUUUAUCGUACAGACACUAGAGGUUGUAAUCUAAACCGAUUUUAUCUUAAUCCAUCUUUAAAGCUUCAUCCAUCUAUUUAUGCUGCAAGAUCUCUCAUAUUGUAUCAUCAUUUUGGAUAUGAGUUACGUGAUGAAUUUAUUAAAGAGAAUUCAAAUUCAUUAGAUUUAUCAUUAAAUCUUAAUUUUUGCAAUCCUUCUGAUAAUGAUGAUGAGUUAAAUUCUAGGAUAAAAGAUAUGUUAGCAGAAGAUUGUAUGAUAUUUAACAAUACAAGUACAAUUGUUCCAAUUUUAAAUAAACAAAAUUUGUGCAAUAAUUUACUUAAAAAAAGCCAAUCAUUUACAACUGAAUUGGUUGUUAAAAAAGGAUUUAAAUCAGGAUUAUUUUUAUAUGUUGAUUUUCAUGGUCAUGCAUCAAAAAAAGGAAUAUUUAUGUAUGGAAAUCAUUUUGAUAGUAUCAUAGAUAACAUUGAAUGCAGACUAUAUCCAAAAUUAAUGUCUAUUAAUAACCAAAAUUUUCAUUUUUCUUCUUGUAAUUUUAGUGAACGUAACAUGUACUCAAAAGAUAAAAAAUUUGGUCUAAGUAAAGAAGGCAGUGGACGAGUAGCAGUUCUGAAGUAUACUGGUUUGAUUCGAAGUUAUACCUUAGAAUGCAAUUAUAAUACUGGUAGAUUUGUAAAUUUUAUUCCACCAACAGUUAAUUUAGUUCCAGAAAAAAGAAUUGUACAAAAUCUCGUACCUCCAAAAUUUACUCCAAUCAUUUUUGAACAAGUUGGAAAGUCUUUGGGAGUAUCUAUAUUAGAUUUAUUAAAUAUUAAUCCUAAUAGUCGUCUAGACAACAGUGAAUUUAAAACAAUAGCUGGAGUGAGAGAACAAUUACGAUCUAGUUUAAUUAAUGAUUGUCAUAGAAAUCGGCGAAUUGUAUCAAGAUCAAUUAGUAAUAUUAUUGUAGAUACUUCUACUUCAGGAAAAUUGAAAGCAAAACCUUCUUCUUUGGCAUUUGAUGUGAUGAAGCCUACAACAUCAAAGUUAUUACCAUCAAUUAUGACAAUAGCUGUAACACCAUUGAAUAAAUCACCUCAACUUCACAAAUCUAUUAAAAAACCAGCCAAUAGUGUGAUAUUAAAAAAAAAUUAUAAGAAACGAAAAAUAAUGAAGAGUAAAAAAAUAAUUAGCCCAAAUAAUCCAGAAAGUUCAUUAAAAAAGUGGUGGAUGGAAAAAAAAAAUUAAUUCAACGAGUUUCUAAAUUAAUGAAAUUGAAUUUUUUUCAAUGAUUAAAAUUAUGUGUUUUAACUUGAGUCCUAUAUUUUUUAUUAAAAAAAAAAUAUUUGUAUAUUUUUUCUUUGUGUUUUAAUGUUUUUGUAAAAGAUUACUUUUGUGUUAAAAUAAGUUAUUUUAAUAAUUCUAGGUGCUAUAGUAUUUAAUAAAUUAUAUUUUCAUACUUUUAUAAAUACAAAUUAUUCUUAAAAUAAGAAAUUAAAUAUUAGUUUUUGUUAUGAAAAUAUUCUUCAUCUCUGUACUUUACUCUUUGUACAAAAAUUUAUUAACAAUUAAUAUUUUUAUUUGGUGUUUUUAAUAAUUAUAAGUACUGUAAUUGAUUUAUUUAUUUUUAAUGUUAUCAUUAGACUAUGACUGUUAAGUCAAUGAAAGAGAAUGUGUAUUAUUAUUUAUUAUUUUAUUUCUUAAGAAUGAAUAUGAUUUAACCCAAUCUAUUUAAUUUUAAAUAAAUAAUUGUCGAAAUUUAUAUUGUAAUGUAACUUUUUAUAACUUAGAUUACUCAAAAAAUAUAAAAUAUAAAUACACUCAUCUUAAUAACUAUAUAAAGCUGAAGAAAUAUUGUUAUGUAUUGAUCUGA